AUGGACGUCAAGUACGACUUUGACGACUCGGUGUGGGACGACAUCUCCGACUCGGCCAAGGACCUCAUCCGCAACCUCCUCGUCAAGGACCCCUCCAAGCGGUUCACCGCCUCGCACUGCCUGGAGCACGCCUGGGUCAGGGAGGCAGAUCCUCAAGAUGAACAGGGACAACACCAAGUCGUAAGCUCACCGCUCACAAGCCAGCCCUCAUUACCUGUUUCUCUGCUCCGUACUACUACUACUACUACCACUACACCACCACUACUACCCCUGCUGCUGCGUCGCAUCUUCUCUUCCCCGCCUUGCAGCCCGGUCGACGUGCGAUGCGCACACCUCCUUCCCGUGUCUCUUUUGGCAGCGAUCGGCUGGCUCGUUGUUUGUUUGUCUGUUUGUACUUGA